GCCCGCCCCGCGCCCGCCCUGGCCGUGCUGGCGGCCCACGGGCGCCUGGUGACGGCGGCGCGGCAGCGGGCGCUGGCCGAGGGCGGGCGGCUCUGCGCCAGCGACCUGCACCUGCUCCUCAACCUGCUGGGCGGCGGGGCGGGGGCGGGCGAGGUGUGGACCCCCGUGUGCCUGCCCCGCUUCAACCCCGACGGCUACUUCUACGCCUACGCGGCGCGGCUGGGCGAGGAGGAGGAGGAGGAGGGCGUGACGCUGAUCCUGCUGUCCACGGAGCGCGAGGGCUUCUACGCGGCGGCCGCGUGCCGGCGGCAGCUGGAGGACACGCUGCGGGCGCAGGGCUGGCUGGCGGAGCUCGGCGCGGCCGUGCAGGGGGGCGCGGGGUACGGCCCCUCCCGCGCCGGCGCCCCCGAGCUCCGGCACUUCCUCUACAAGCCCUUGGAGGGGCCCGAGGAGAUGCAGCAACUGCCGCAGUUCACCAG